AUGUCAGCCAGCCUUUUCCCAGCCCACCAGAGCCCGGGGCUACUGGAUGAGCUGCACGGCAGAGUCCCGCAAGUGCCCUGCCCGGAGGGGCUGCUGGGCACCUCGGUGCUGGAUUUCGUGGCCGAUCUUUCCCUGGGCAACCCCCAGGGAGCCCCUGGGGCCAGGGAGGGUCUGGGGCUCUGCGAGGUCACCGCCGGGCCUCCCUUCGGGGGCAGAGUCCUAUCGCUUCGGGAAGGGAUGGCCCGGGGUUUGCCCCUGGCUGCUUUCGGAAAUGGAGAUCCCGAAGACGAAGAAGAGGAGGAAGACGAAAGGAUGCGCAGCGCUUCCCUCCUGGACAGACCUAGGAGAAAACGGGUCAUCACCUACGCCCAGCGCCAGGCUGCCAACAUACGGGAGAGGAAAAGGAUGUUCAACCUCAACGAGGCGUUUGAUCAGCUCAGGAAGAAGGUGCCCACCUUCGCCUACGAGAAGAGGCUUUCUCGGAUAGAGACCUUGCGCCUGGCCAUAGUGUACAUCUCCUUCAUGACUGAGCUCCUGGACGGAUGCAGCAGACAGGAGGCGAGCUAG